GGCGGGAGCGGCCCGGCCAGCAGAGCUGGAUCGGGCUGUGGAGUCCGGGCUGAGUAGGGCACAGACGGCAGCUUCUGGUCCCCGUGCUGGCUGGGCAAGGCACCCUGCCUGGAAUCCUAGGUGGGGUGCUCGGGGCGAGGUGCCACCUUGCUCUGGCUGGGGAGGCGGACGAUGAAGAGUGAUGGGGCAGGCGUGCGGCCACUCCAUCCUCUGCAGGAGCCAGCAGUACCCGUCAGCGCGGCCAGCUGAGCCGCGGGGCCAGCAGGUCUUCCUCAAGCCGGACGAGCCGCCGCCGCCGCAGCCAUGCGCCGACAGCUUGCAGGAUGCUCUGCUGAACCUGGGCUCUGUCAUCGAUGUGGUGGGCCUGCAGCGUGCUGUCAAGGAGGCCUUCUCCUCUGUACUUCCCAAAGUGGAAACUGUCUACACCUACCUGCUGGAUGGUCAGUCCCGGCUGGUAUGUGAGGACCCACCGCAUGAGCUGCCCCAGGAGGGACAAGUCCGAGAGGUGGUGACCUCCAGGAAGCGACUGACCUGCAAUGGGCUGAACAAUUCAGAUAGGCUUGGGAAGCCAUUGGCCGAACUGGGAGCUCCGCUGACUCCUGACACCCAAGUGCUGCUCAUCCCGCUGGUGGACACGGAGGCUGGGGCUGUGGCAGCCAUCAUUCUGGUGCAUUGUGGCCAGCUGAGUGACCAUGAAGAGUGGAGCCUGCAGACCGUGGAGAAGCAUACCCUGGUUGCCCUGCGGAGGGUGCUGACACUGCAGCAGCGCGAGUGCCGCGCGACCCCCGAAGCAACCCAGAACCCCCCGGAGGCGGAUGGCAGAGACCAGAAGGACGGUGUGGUCUACACGGAGCAGGACCAAAAGAUUCUGCAGCUAUGCGGAGAACUCUAUGACCUGGAUGCCUCUUCCUUGCAGCUCAAAAUACUCCAAUAUGUGCAGCAGGAGACCCAGGCCUCCCGCUGCUGCCUCCUGCUGGUGUCCGAGGACAAUCUCCAGCUUUCCUGUAAGGUCAUGGGAGAUAAAGUGCUGGAAGAAGAGAUCAGUUUUCCGCUGACCACAGGACGGCUAGGCCAGGUGGUGGAAGACAAGCAGUCCAUCCAGCUAAAAGACCUCACCUCUGAGGAUGUGCAGCAGCUGCAAAGCAUGGUGGGCUGUGAGUUGCAGGCCAUGCUCUGUGUCCCUGUCAUCAGUCGGGCCACUGACCAGGUGGUAGCCUUGGCCUGCGCCUUCAACAAGCCAGAAGGAGACUUGUUCACAGAACAGGAAGAGCACUUGAUCCGGCACUGCUUCCACUAUACCAGCACUGUGCUCACUAGCACCCUGGCCUUCCAGAAGGAGCAGAAACUCAAGCGUGAGUGCCAGGCUCUUCUCCAAGUGGCAAAGAACCUCUUCACUCACCUGGACGAUGUCUCUGUUCUGCUCCAGGAAAUCAUCACGGAGGCAAGAAACCUCAGUAAUGCCGAGAUCUGCUCCGUGUUCCUGCUGGAUCAGAAUGAGCUGGUGGCCAAAGUGUUCGAUGGGGGCGUGGUGGAUGAUGAGACUUACGAAAUCCGCAUCCCUGCCGACCAGGGCAUCGCAGGUCAUGUGGCGACCACCGGACAGAUCCUGAACAUCCCAGAUGCCUAUGCACACCCUCUUUUCUACCGAGGCGUGGAUGACAGCACAGGCUUCCGCACGCGCAACAUUCUUUGCUUUCCAAUUAAGAAUGAAAACCAGGAGGUCAUCGGUGUGGCUGAGCUGGUGAACAAGAUAAACGGUCCAUGGUUCAGCAAGUUUGAUGAGGACCUGGCCACCGCCUUCUCCAUCUACUGCGGCAUCAGCAUCGCCCAUUCCCUCCUGUACAAGAAAGUGAAUGAGGCCCAAUAUAGAAGCCAUCUGGCCAACGAGAUGAUGAUGUACCACAUGAAGGUCUCAGAUGACGAGUAUACCAAACUGCUCCUUGACGGUAUCCAGCCCGUUUCGGCUAUUGAUGCCAACUUUGCCAAUUUCACCUACACACCACGUUCCCUGCCUGAGGAUGACACUUCCAUGGCCAUCCUCAGCAUGUUGCAGGACAUGAAUUUCAUCAAUAACUACAAAAUUGACUGUCCAACACUGGCCCGGUUCUGUUUGAUGGUGAAGAAGGGCUACCGGGAUCCCCCCUACCACAACUGGAUGCAUGCCUUCUCUGUCUCUCACUUCUGCUACCUGCUCUACAAGAACCUGGAGCUCUCCAACUACCUCGAGGAUAUCGAGAUCUUUGCCUUGUUUGUGUCCUGCAUGUGUCAUGAUCUGGACCACAGAGGCACCAACAACUCAUUCCAGGUGGCCUCGAAAUCUGUGCUGGCUGCACUCUACAGCUCUGAAGGCUCUGUCAUGGAGAGGCACCACUUUGCACAGGCCAUUGCCAUCCUCAACACCCACGGAUGUAACAUCUUUGACCACUUUUCACGGAAGGAUUAUCAGCGUAUGCUGGACCUCAUGCGGGACAUCAUCCUGGCCACGGACCUGGCCCACCACCUGCGUAUCUUCAAGGACCUGCAGCGCAUGGCAGAAGUGGGCUAUGAUCGAAACAACAAGCAGCACCACAGCCUGCUCCUGUGUCUUCUCAUGACCUCCUGCGACCUUUCGGACCAGACCAAAGGCUGGAAGACCACUCGCAAGAUCGCGGAGCUGAUCUACAAAGAGUUCUUCUCCCAGGGAGAUCUGGAGAAGGCCAUGGGCAACCGGCCAAUGGAGAUGAUGGACCGGGAGAAGGCCUACAUCCCUGAGCUGCAGAUCAGCUUCAUGGAGCACAUCGCCAUGCCCAUCUACAAGCUGCUGCAGGAUCUGUUCCCCAAGGCCGCGGAGCUGUAUGAGCGUGUGGCCUCCAACCGCGAGCACUGGACCAAGGUGUCCCAUAAGUUCACCAUCCGCGGCCUCCCGAGCAACAACUCUUUGGACUUCUUGGACGAGGAGUAUGAGGUGCCAGGGCUGGAUGGCUCGGGGGGCCCCAUCAAUGGCUGCUUCAGCCUGGAUGCAGAGUGAGCCCCCCCCCCCAUCUCUUCCUCACUGCCCAGCCUCUUCCCAACACUUCUGCUUGGAAGUGGGUGGAGGCUCAGGGGUUCUAGAACAGGACAUCUCAUGGGAUCCUGGGCCAGCCCAGCUUUCUGGCCUCCUCGACUGUGUAAUGGAAAGAAGACUGAAUCAGACUUUGUCAUUUGUUCUCUGAGAACAUAAGGACCAGUGACGACUGUGGGUCAGCUCUGGCCUCUGCCUGGGCAGGUCCUCCUGUAUCCCUCCUUAGAGUCUCUUUGGUCCCUCCUGCCCCAUGUGUCUGUGACCAUCUCCUGGCUCCUCACACAAGGAGGGGUACCCUGAGCAGAGGGGCAGCUUAGACACAUCAUGCCCUCUGCUGAUGUUGAGAGCUGCAGGGAACCUCCACCCCAAGGCACAUGCCAAGAGGGAGGAAGCGAGCUAGGGAACAUGCAGGCUGGCAUCACUGGCCAUGGGGAGCAGAACUGCCUCCUUCAGGCUCUGUGACUCCUCGGCAAGACCCUUCCCCACUCUGGGCAGAGCUGGAGGGGGAGACUGUUCAUUCCUUAAGACCACUUUUAGAUCAAAGACCCAUUGCUCUGUGGGGUUCCAGGAGGGGCCCUGGAAGGCCCCUGCACCCCAGGACAGAGCCCAUCCUGAGUCCCUCAAUGGCCCCUAGAAUAACCCUUCUCCUGAGUGGCUCCCCCAUUCCUGCAGCCUAAGAAGAACCUGGCCUCUGCCCAAACAAGACUUCCCUCCUGUUCAAGGCCAUAACUACCCACUCCCAGCUCGGGGGGAACCCCCCACUGGCCUCCUAAGUCAGUGGCUUCAGUACCCCCUCUCUGUUCUGUUCUGUAUGUGUUGUGGGGGGGAGGGGGCACCUGCCUUACCUAUUCUGAGUUGCCUUUAGAGACGCAUUUUUCUAGGACUCUGUGCAACUGUCGUUAUGGUCCUGUGGGCUGACCGCUUUGUACAUGAGAAUAAAUCUAUUUCUUUCUACCAGC